GAAAUGAAGCGGAAGUUGUCAUCAGAACAAGCAGCAGCGAGCGGUUUGAUAACAAAGAUCCGAUAAGCUGAACAUCAGGCGCAGCUGAUUAUUGGCUGUUAUUGAUCGGGUUAUUGGCUCGUGCACAGCCGGGUCAGACGGUGUAAACAGGUCCUGUUCGACGUAGUGUUGCAGAGCGGCUGAUGAUGUCAGAGGAACAGACGGUGUCUCUGGUCGAUGUUCUGGAGGAGGAUGAGGAGCUGGAGGAAGAAGCUUCAGCCGUGUUGGCAGGAAGUGACUCUGAUCACUGCUCAUAUCCUCAGGGUUAUGUGAAGCGUCAGGCUCUGUACGCCUGCAGCACCUGCACACCAAAGGGAGGAGAGGCAGCCGGAGUCUGUUUGGCCUGUUCGUACAAGUGUCAUGAAGGUCACGACCUCUUUGAACUCUACACCAAGAGGAACUUCCGCUGUGACUGUGGAAACAGGAAGUUCAACGAGCUGCAGUGUAAACUCCACCCUGAGAAGGAGGAGGUCAACAGUCUGAACAAAUACAGUCAUAACUUCUUUGGAGUUUACUGUACCUGCAACCGGCCGUACCCAGACCCAGACGACCAGGUGGAGGACGAGAUGAUUCAGUGUGUGGUGUGUGAGGACUGGCUUCAUGGCAGGCACCUGGGCUGUGUGGUUCCAGACUGUGUGGAGCUGCAGGAGAUGAUCUGUGAAUCCUGUAUGAACAAAAACCCUCUGCUCUGGACCUACGCUGCCCACCUGUCAGUUCCAGGUGCAGCACAAGUGAAGGAGGAGUCAGGAGCUGAUGAGUCAAACACAGACCUUCCGAAAAAAGAAGAGAAGGGUGAUGAUGUCAUCGAACCCAGCUGUAAGAGGAGCCGUGAGGAGGCGGAGCCAAGCUGCAGACUGAAGCAGCUGCAGGCGACUGGUCAGAAAAGAGUCCAAUCAGGAGCCGUGUUCUGGCCGUCAGUGUGGCGCUCCAAACUCUGCUCCUGCAGCACCUGCAAGGAGUGUCUGUCUAAAGCUGGCCUGUCCUUCCUGUUGGAUGAGUCGGACACCGUCCUCGCCUACGAGAACGAAGGAAAGAACAACGAACAGAGACAGCAAGGACACGACCCUCUGAUGUCGGCUCUUGACAACCUGAACCGAGUGCAGCAGCUGGAGAUCAUCCACGGGUACAACGACAUGAAGAGUGAACUGAAGGACUUCCUGCAGAGGUUCGCAGCAGAAGGAAAGGUGGUGACUCCUGACGACAUCCGUCAGUUCUUCGAGCAGCAGCAGAGUCGUAAGAGACGGCGAGACGAUGCCGGGCGCUUCUACUGCACCUGAUGACCUUUGACCUUCAACAAUCCUGAAAUGACCUUUGACCUUUCUUCACCUCCUGACUGCGAUUGUCCUCCAUCUUUUAUCUUCCUCCUCUUCGGGAUUUUAGUUUUUAUCUGCAGUUUAUUUUGAAGCUUUUGGACUUCCUGUUUUAAUGUCGUCUGUUUCAGAGGUGAGAGGUCACUGACAUCAGUGUCCGUCUGUGUCGUCUUUGUGUUUCCUUUUUAAUGAAAACUAAUAAAACUCAAUCGGCUGAACAACAA